GCCUUUUUCAAUAAAAAAAAAAAAAAAAAGGGAAAGAACCGCUGAAUGCAAAGGAUUCUCAAUUGUGUAAAACGACGUCAGAAUUAGGGCUUUGUCUCACAGCUUGCUCAGGCCGCUACAGAGAAAGAAGCAACCAGAAAACAAUAAUUUCCAUUCAUCAAAACUCGAUUUGUGCUCCGAUUCAGUUUAGUUUACAGUGUGCAAAAACAAAACGCUAAAAAUCGAAAGAAAAGAAAAAGUAAAUAGAAGAAGAAAAAUGCCUCAAGUGAAGAUUAUCGCCAAGAAUUUCAUGGACAUGGUGGCGUCGUUGCCUGCCAUUAAGCUCGACAUGCUCUAUCGUAAUCAAUUCAUUUGCGAAGCCAUUCUCAGAUCGCUGCCACCUCUGGCGAAGAAAUACGUGUUACAAAUGCUCUACAUUGAUGUGCCAAUAACAUCCAAGUCGUUGCAGGAGUGGGUGAUUGCUGAUGGAUCCUCUAAGCACAAAGUUGCCAUCGAUCGGUUGAUUCAGUUAAGAGUGUUAGAAGUAAUUGAUAGGAAGAAGGAAACCGCUUACAAGUUAAAUUCCACAUUUCAGACUAACCUCAGGAAACAUUUGAUAAAUGGUGGGAUUUUGCCAAGAGAACCAAUGCCGUCAAAUGUUACUGCAAGACUCCCAACCUUGGAGGAACUUGACGCCUAUGCACAUGGGCAAUGGGAGGAGCAAGGUGUGGACCAAGCUGAUUUAAUUGCAUUUCUGCUAGAGCUUAGUUUUCAUACCACUGGUGAGGCAUAUAGUUUAAAUACACUGACUGAUGACCAGAGGGCUAUGAUCAAGGACCUUGCAGACUUGGGAUUGGUCAAACUUCAACAGGGCAGGAAAGAGAGUUGGUUUAUACCUACUAAAUUAGCCACCAAUCUUUCAGUGAGCUUAACUGAUUCAUCAUUAAGGAAACAGGGAUUUGUUGUUGUCGAAACAAACUUUAGGCUGUACGCAUACUCGUCAUCGAAGUUACACUGUGAAAUUUUACGUCUAUUUUCAAGGGUAGAGUAUCAACUUCCCAACCUCAUAGUUGGUGCAAUAACAAAAGAAAGUCUGUAUAAUGCUUUUGAAAAUGGCAUUACAGCUGAACAGAUAAUUACGUUCCUUCAGCAGAACGCACAUCCUCGGGUUGCUGAAAAAACACCAGCUGUACCUGAAAAUGUCACAGAUCAGAUAAGAUUGUGGGAAACUGAUUUGAAUAGAGUUGAGAUGACUCCUGCUCAUUGUUAUGAUGAAUUUCCUUCAAGGGACGUCUUCGAGGCUGCUUCUGACUUUGCUCGAGUGCAUUGUGGCUUACUAUGGGAGGAUCCUAAGAAAAUGCGCAUGGUUGUCAAGGCGGAGAUUCAUAUGCUUAUGCGAGAGCAUCUUCGUGGAAACAAGUAGAGAUUGUUCAUCAUUCAAUCUCCUGAUACUGCACGCUGAAAGGGAUUGUCCAAAGUUUUGCUGGGGAAAAGGCUACUAGGAAUCUUCACUUAGCAGGGUGGUUUGUAAUUGAAAUUCCUUUUGGUUGGAGGCUGUCAACCUGAAUCUGCCUUGAUAUGAAUAAUUAGGGGGAGAGGAACAACUCUUUCUUGACUGAAAUCAAAUGUCGACAAGUUCCAAUCUUUGUCACUGAAAUCAGAGGUGGGGGAAGUAUCCUGUGUGUAUUUGCGGGGAUUUCGACAGAAUCACCUGUCAAUGGUUACCUGUGUCAUAUAUCCAUAUCAACAUAUGGUAGUCAAAGCAAUGUUUUCAGACAAUGUUUAGAUCCAAGGUUCUUAGUUUUCAACUCUUUUUGUGUCUUUAAUUUUAAUUCGAUACCUUCUUUUUAUUAUUAUACAUAUCAACUAAACACUUCCCGAAUUUUGGAAUAGAUCAUGGAAAAAUGUAUAAAUGA